CCACCAGACCAAAUAACUAAGGAAUUCAUUUUCCCAGCAUCCAAACAACUCAACAAACUAUCUCAUUUGCAAACUUUCUCUCUUUAAGAAAAACACAACAAUGUCUCUGAUUCCAAACAACUUCUUCGGCCGAAGAACCAACAUCUUCGACCCACUCUCUCUUGAUAUAUGGGAUCCAUUUCAAGACUUUCCCUUCUCAAACCUCUCAAUCUCUUCAGUUCCUCGCUUCGAACUCUCCAACGAGACGGCUGCGUUUGCCAAAGCUCGCAUAGACUGGAAAGAGACCCCGAAAACCCACGUUUUCAAGGCUGAUCUGCCAGGCCUCAAGAAAGAAGAAGUGAAGGUCGAGAUUGAAGAAAGCCAUGUCUUGCAAAUAAGCGGGGAGAGAAAGAAAGAACUGGAAGAGAAGAAUGACACUUGGCAUCGUGUUGAUAGAAGCAGUGGUCAGUUCUUGAGGAGGUUCAGGUUACCAGAAAAUGCCAAGACCGAUCAAGUUAAGGCUUCCAUGGAAAAUGGAGUCGUGACUGUGACUGUGCCUAAAUCAAACAAUUAA